GAGUGAUCAGACACGAGAGAGCACCGAGGCUUUUGCUUCACGAUUUGACGCUGCUGCUGCGCUUCUGUAUUCAUCCGUGACCACGCAACUCGAUCCAGCAAGGACCGCCGCAAGAAUGGCCGCCACGCGUGACAUUGUAGUGGGCGUCGAUGGCUCCCAGUAUGGUGACGCUGCCAUCGACUUUGCCGUCAAGAACCUGGUUCAUGGGGCCAACGAGCGCUUGCACCUGGUCUUUGCCUAUACCCCACUCGACUCGUAUGUUGACCUCGACGACAUGGGCCUCAUCUAUGCCCCCAGCCAAGCCGACAAGGACAAGGCCAUUGAGCAGGCCCGGGAUAUUCUGACGCGAGCCACCAAGCGCUGCCUCGGCGAUACUCCCGAGAUCCAGGUGGAAACCCACAUUAUUGCUGGGGACGCCCGUGUGGCCAUUGGCGAGCUAGCUGAGAAGCUGCAUGCCACAGCCGUGGUCGUGGGCUGCCACGGGCGCGCUGCCCUGGCUCGCGCCGUGCUGGGCUCAACCUCGACCUGGCUCAGCCACCAUUGCUCCCGUCCCGUUGUCAUUGUCCGCCCAGAGGAGGAGCAAGCAGCCGAGUCGGGCGCGGACAAGUCAUCCUAG